AGUAGACUUAUUGCUGCAAUGUAUACAAGAUAAAAGUGUGUGUGUGUUUGGACGGUGUAAAUAGUUUCCUUCAUAGCUCUAACGUAAGGAAAUAUAUUAUUAUAGUUAAAUGGAGCCCGGUGUAGUGAAAAUUGCGGAUGAUGGUGAUUUCGAUAUGUUGAAGAGAUUAGUCGACGAACACACCGAGUGGAAGUUGGAAUACGAUAAAGGAGAGCAAACCAAGGUAUGGACAAAGACGACUCCAAACACAAACUUUAAAAUGGUUAAAGUCCAAACAGUCUUCCAAGAUGUAGCUGCAAAUACUUUAUUUGAUGUUUUACAUGACCCCGGAUAUCGGAAAGAAUGGGACGAACACAUGCAAGCGUCGAUAGAAAUAGGUUAUUUAAAUCCAAAUAAUGAUGUAGGAUAUUAUGCAUUAUCGUGUCCAACACCUGUAAAAAAUAGAGAUUUUGUCCUUCAGAGGUCGUGGCUGGAUAUGGGUGCAGAAAAACUAAUUUUAAAUCAUUCAGUUAACCAUAAGGAUUAUGCAAUUAGGAAGGGGUAUAUAAGGGCGAUUUCCCACAUGACCGGAUUCGUCAUUAGAGAAUCUGCGAAAGGAUGUUUUCUGGGAUAUAUAUCACAGACAGACCCUAGGGGAAAACUUCCUCCGUGGUUGGUGAAUAAGAUCACCCAAAAGUUCGCACCAAAAGUAGUAAAACAGCUGAAAAAGGCCGCUGAAGGGUACGAAACGUGGAAAUCGUCGCAAGAGAAUCCCUAUUACAAACCGUGGAUAUAUCCGGAACAAACAAUGAGUUCACCCAGGAUCAAUAUCUCAGAUUGUGUUGGACAUGAUCUUUUACCCGAAAAUCCCGGAGAAUGUGAUGAAACCGAAUAAGGGUACUGAGACAACGAAUUUUACAUAUUGAACGGAGUGAUCUCUAAGACUUCGAUUCAAUUCCUUGUGAUAAGCAUUUCAAAUUCUAUAGUAUAAUAUAUACACAAUAUCUUGAAUAUAGCAUUUAAGUUGUA